UCUUCGUCUACAUUUCAUCUUCUUUUAGGGGAUUUUCAUUAUAUUCCAUCAUACCUAAUGUUGGGGAUUAUUAAAUUAUUUCUAUUAUAUAUUCUGCCUUAAUAUGUGUAGCUUGUGACAAUGUGGUCAGUCACAAUUUCCCUGUUGGACAAAGAGAAGCUAAGACAGCAAAGACCCACAUAAACACAGUUUGGCAUCUCAAUCCUGUGAUGAUAGCCUUACCUGUUUUGCUCACAGCCAUAGGAUAAACGCCAGAUUUAUACUGCAUAUAGAUAUGUUAUGGUUAUGGACCACAGAAAUGUGGACUUAAUGAUCUUCUUUGUGUUAACUUAUUUUCAGAUUCCUGCUGCUCCAGUAGCUCUGAUCGACUUCUCCUGUGGUAAAGCCAAAAAAAAAAAAAGCUUGACCGUUCUGUUGAUGGCAGGACAACUGAAAACCAGAACACCAGAGACUCUGCAGCUACCCCCCAAAGAGCUUGGAGAGCUAUGCCAGGUAUUCCAGCUAGAAGAGCUCAUCAUGUCCCAGGUCCAGGCUGUAGAGAGGGCAACUCGAAGUCAGAGUGCAAGCAGGAUUUGGUUUAGGCAAAGAGCUGGACGCAUAACUGCUUCCAAGUUGAAACAAGCUAUUAAGACCAACCCCCAGCAACCAUCCAAGAGCUUGAUCAAGGCCAUAUGCUACCCAGAAGCAUAUAGGUUCACCACAGCCGCUACAAGUUAUGGAUGCAAACAUGAAGCACAAGCCAGAGGAGUCUAUGAGAAGCUGAUGGGUCGGGAGCAUGCAGGCUUCUCCUGUAUGGACAGUGGUCCUCCCCUGAUGGGAUUGUUGCUUGUGACUGUCACGGAACUGGCAUCUGCGAGAUUAAGUGUCCACACUCUCACCAAGAUGAAGCCAAUCUGCGCUUGUGUGCUGGGGAAAAGGGCUUCUGCCUCAUCAAUGAUGGGGAUAAUGUCAUGCUGGACCGGACUCAUGACUACUACUACCAAGUUCAGGGACAGCUUCACAUUGUAGACGCUGAGUACUGUGAUUUUGUUGUGUGGAACCACAAUGACAUUUUUGUUGAAAGGAUUUUGCCCGAUCUUGAACU